AUGGUUGUGCCUAAAUUACCCUUAAUUGUUCCGAAAAGGCCCUUACCUCCUAAUAAAACUAGUGAUAACACUUUUAAUCCUAGUUUUACCCCUUCUAUGACUGGGGUUGAGCGUUUAGAUUCAAAAGUUUCACUUCCAGACAAUAAACCCACUGAUUUCACUGCCGAGAAAUUAACAAAAUUAGUCUCAAAUUCUAGUCUAAAUUUGAAGAAACACCCUUCAAAUUAUAACUCAGUAAAUACUGUAGAUAAUAAUAUGAAUAAUGAGAAUGAGAAUUUUUAUGAAGAUUUAUCAUUAAGGUUAAAUAGUUCAACUAUACUCUCGGAUUUAAAUAGUACACACAAUAAUCAAAAUACUACCACGACUACUAAUGUUAAUGAAAUGGACGAAGAUGACGUUGGUUAUACUCCUUGGUUAAAAGUUGAAAAGAGAAUUAAUGAAAUUAGAUCCUUUUACUCGCGCACGAACCCUAGCACUAAUAACACCAAUACCAACAACACUAAUACCAAUAAUAAGGAUGAGAAAAAAAGUAUUUAUUGUAAUUAUGGAACUAAAUACAUAGAGGAUGGAUGGAAUAAGGAAGUAGAUCAUCCUUUGAAGUAUUCUACAAUUCAGAAAUUGAAGUCAAAAAAAGUAUAUGAAAAUGAGUUUAAGGAUAAUUGGAAGUUUGUGAACGGAUUUUUAAGGCCAAGGCGAAAGCCAUUCACAAGCAUUUCAGAAAUGUCAAAGUUCUACAACAAAGUUGACGCUAAAGAUCAGUAUGAAAUGAUAAGAUUACUACUGGCAUGUAGGGAUUUGGAGCGAUUAAUUGAGGAGCAACAAACUGUUUUGGACAUGUUAGACCAUGAUUUAAGGGAAGCUCGUGAGUCAUUUUCUGACUUAUCAAACUCAUUUAAUGUUCAAAAAUUAAUCGGAUCUGCACCUACAAGUGAACCUCAAUAUCCUACUGCUGAUGUACCACUUUUCAUUAAGGGCAAAUUAACACUUUUAAACAAUAAAUAA